UAUCCUUGUACAAUAAAACCAUCCUAAUCUCCUCCUAGAAACCCAAAGGAAAAAUAAUAACAACCAAGCUCCGGCACGCCUUGCUUUGUAGCUCCACAAUGUUGCCUUACGAGACUAUAGGCGAGGCGGAAACAGCCUUAAACCGAACGCUGACCAUUGCAGAAACUCUUUGGUUUAACUACUCAACUAAUAAAUCAGAUUUCUUAUUGCAUUGUCACAACAUCAUCUUCCUCUACACCAUUUUUACUGUAAUGCCUCUACCUCUCGUCAUCGUCGAGCUUCUUGGCGCGGCCAAGAUUGCGCGGUACAAAAUCCAGCCUAAAGUCAGGUUAUCAUUUGCUGAAAUCAUGUCUUGCUAUACGGCCGUUGUCAACUUAUUUUUCAUCGUCGUAGGUCCGCUUCAACUGGUGUCCUACCCUGCUUACAAGUUUAUUGGGAUAAGGACAGGAUUGUCAUUGCCAUCAGGAUGGGAAAUGUUGAUGCAAUUAGUAGUAUAUAUGUUAGUUGAGGACUACACAAGUUAUUGGCUUCAUAGACUCUUGCAUUCAAAAUGGGGGUAUGAGAACAUUCAUAAGGUGCAUCAUGAGUUUACCGCACCUAUUGGUUUUGCAGCUCCCUAUUCACAUUGGUCCGAAAUCUUGAUCCUUGGGUUUCCAGCGUUUCUUGGCCUGGCCAUUGUUCCGGGUCAUAUCACUACGUUCUUGUUGUGGAUGGUCUUAAGACACAUACAGGCUAUUGAAAUUCAUAGCGGAUAUGACUUUCCAUGGGCGCUAACAAAGUAUAUUCCGUUCUAUGGUGGCACGGAGUACCAUGAUUACCAUCACUACGUUGGAGAACAAAGCCAUAGCAAUUUUGCUUCGCUCUUCACUUACUGUGAUUACCUCUAUGGGACUGAUAAGGGAUACCGUCACCAGAAGAAGUUCCUUGCAAAGUCGAAAGAAAAUUCGAGCAGCAACGGCCAACAACAAGGGCUCAAAUUCGACUAGGGAUAUAUUUGCCACUCAUUGUAUCGAUCGAGAUCAAGGCUGAGUGAUUAUAAACAAAUAAAGCUUGCCUAUGCUUAGCUGCUGGUCCAAUGU